CCAACAGUAAUGUAUUUAUUUGUGAGUCUGCAAUUGCUAAUGUGCUCAGAGAAAUGGAUUUUUUUUAAAUUUAUGUUCUUCCAAAUCCCAGGAACUUUUUUGUUAUUUUUUGUGAGUAAAUACAUGGGAGGCAAACUUCUUGGGGAUUGCUAAGGGAGAGGUGAGCAAGGCUUAGGUUGGAAACAUGAGUGAUGGGUGAGCUUCUCCUUGCUGAGCUAUGGAGCAGUGGUACUGGCCCAGCUGCUUCCAAAAGUGUGCAUACAGCUCUGGUGUGUGGCACACAACUGAAACAUUUUGGUGACUGGUUGGACUGGAGGUGCGAAAGGAUUCUAAAAUAAGGAGACUUCUUUCAAGAUAGUUGCUAAGGAAUUGUCCAGUCACCUGAAGCAACAGACUGCUCCUGGGAGUCUCAGAAUGGAAGAACUCUCAUUAACCUACUUGGAGCAAGGGGUUGUGUGCCCAUGCAUGCCUUGUAAUUUCAUGGCUUCUGGUCUUGGAAGGGCUUGGUGGUGUGUUUCUUGGAGCAGAAGUGUAAGAUGAAAUACUGCCUUUUGUUAAUAGGCUUGGAUGACCUGAAAUAGAUCCAUGUGGAAUAUGAGGAAAGGGAGGAGGGGACAGAGUGAUUUCUGAUGAGUCUUGUUGCCGUUCUGAACUGACUUUGCUGCUAGCUCUGGUCUUUCUUUUCAGCACAAAACUGAGCAGAGAUCUGUUAAGUAGCAUGCUAAAAUAGAAUUAUGGUUUCCAGGAACAUUCAGAUAAGCAAGAGAUUCCCGCCUCACUGUAGCUGCCUUGAAUGUGCCUUUCUCCUCAGCUCACCAAUUCUGUUGCAAAUGCAGAAAGUAGAAGUCCCUGAGUAGCUGCUCUGAUGAAAUGACAGUGUGUUUACUGUAAUGACCUAUUUGUUCUUUCCUUUAGGCACAAUGGCCACAGUAGCCCAGAAGCACGUUUUGGAAGGGCAGCCGUACUCAGUGCCCCUGAUCCAGCCAGACCUACGCAGGGAGGAGGCUGUGCAGCAGGUGGCAGAUGCGCUUCAGUAUCUGCAGAAGGUGUCAGGCGAUAUCUUCAACAGGAUCUCUCAGCGGGUGGAGGCCAGCCGGGCACAGCUCCAGGCCAUCGGGGAGAGAGUCACACUCGCCCAGGCGAAGAUUGAGAAGAUAAAGGGCAGCAAGAAGGCUAUUAAGGUCUUUUCCAGUGCCAAGUACCCGGCCCCUGAACGGCUGCAGGAGUACAGUUCAAUUUUUGCUGGUGCAGAAGACCCAGCCAAACAGAAAUGGCCAAGACACAAGAUUCAGAGCAAACACCGAAUGCUGGAUGAAAAAGCUCUGCAGGAAAAGCUCAAGUAUUUCCCUGUGUGCGUGAGCACCAAAAUUCACCAGGAGGAUGAUGCAGAAGAAGGCCUUGGCAGCCUUCCCAGGAACAUCAGCUCCCUCAGCUCCCUGCUCCUCUUCAAUACCACUGAGAACCUGUACAAGAAGUAUGUGUUCCUGGAUCCUCUGGCUGGAGCUGUGACCAAGACCCAUGUGGCUCUGGAAACAGAGACAGAAGAGAAGCUCUUUGAUGCACCUCUCUCCAUCACCAAAAGGGGACAGCUGGACCGACAGGUUGCUGAAAAUUACUUCUACGUGCCAGAUCUGGGCCAGGUCCCUGAGAUUGAUGUGCCCUCCUACCUGCCCGACCUGCCUGGCAUUGCUGCAGAUCUCAUGUACAGCGCCGACCUGGGCCCUGGCAUUGCACCCUCUGCCCCCAGCAGUGCUAUUCCAGAGCUGCCCACUUUCAACACCGAGUCAGUGGAGCCUUUGCAACCAGAUCUUCAAGGUGCUGAGCUAUUGCCACCUCCUCCCCCUCCGCCUCCUCCACCGCCUCCUGUAAUGCCAACCCCGGUGCCUCCUCCACCGCCUCUGCCCCAGCCCAUGGCACCCUCGGAGCCGGCUCGGACAGUGAGCGAGGAGAGCAGCAGCACAGUGCCUGCAGCUUCAGUGCAGGGAGCCCCAAAGGAGGUGGUGAACCCCUCUACUGGGCGUGCCAGUCUCCUGGAGUCCAUCCGCCAGGCCGGGGGCAUUGGGAAGGCCAACCUUCGCAGUGUCAAGGAGAGGAAGCUGGAGAAAAAGAAGCAGAAGGAACAAGAACAAGUGAGAGUUACAGGACAAGGUGGAGAUUUGAUGUCAGACCUCUUCAACAAGCUGGUGCUGAGGCGCAAAGGUAUUUCAGGGAAAGGACCAGGAGCCUCUGGGAACACGGAUGCUCCUGGCAGUCCUGCUGGUGCCUUUGCUCGCAUGUCGGACUCAAUACCACCCCUCCCACCCCCACAGCAGCCUGUAGGUGAGGAGGAUGAGGAUGACUGGGAGUCAUAGAUAGGAUCUAUUCAGUAUUAGUGUGAAAAUGUUGCUGUCUGAAAAAUUUCCAUGAAGUUGAAGGAAGCAGGUCCUUACUGCCGUCACUUUGGUAAAAGUGGGAAGUGUCAUCAAUUAAGAGUGUGUAAAGGGAGAACCCAGCUGUCCAGCCAUACAGCCCAGCACCACUAGCCACAGGCUGGAGGGCACCAGCUGCUAGAAGCAGGUGCUCCCCUCCCUGAAUGCAGAGCUUGUGCAGACAAUGGGGUUUGGACCUACUCAAGGGGCAGGUGACUCACAAUGGAAGUUUCUCAGAGGCAGCUGUUUCUUUCCCUGUGGGGCUAAUUAACAUACAGGGAGCAGGUAACAGCUCUGUGCCAUAAGGACUCUCUUCCUUGUGAAGAGCCUGGAGGGGCAGCAUCCAACUGCUGAAACUGGAAAAGAAGCAAACAAAGCUCCUGGGAUGAGAUUUGCUCAGGAUGACAAGAGGUACCUGGGAACAGCUGAGAGGUUAUGUGGCUGUCCCUGGUGUUAUUGCUGCCCUCCAGCACUGAUCAUAACCCUGGGAAGAACCCCAGGAAAGUUAAACUUUAGAAGUUAUUUUGAAUUCAUAAACUUAAGGGUUACAAAGAGCAGAGCAAUCCUGUGCUUAAGCAUGAUUGAAGGAGAAGUGCUGUACUGUGGCCAUAUCUUUAUUCCCCUUGAAAGAAUGAACUGCUUCAAUCUAUUGACCACUUGAAGCAAGGCAGAAAGAGGGUCAGGAGAAAGGUUACCCACAGCUGCUCCAUUACCACUCUGUGUUACUCCAGCAUGACAUAAAUUAGUGGCCUGCAAGUUUACAAUUCCUGUGAAAAACUCAAUGAUGACAUUGGUCAGUCAGGCCUCCUACACUUGGUGGUUGAUGGGAAAAAACCAUGUGUUCAGUCAAAAUAAUUACUCCCCAUACUUAAGUGUACUUAAAGAAUACUCGCCAUACUUGAGUGUUUUUACUGAAAGUAUUUAAUCAAUUUAAAUAAAACCUUAACAGCUGUAAACAAGUA